AACAACAAAUCAACAAUGAAACAUCAAAUCCAACCAAACAAAUUGGAUUACAACUAUAGACAGUAACGAAAACAGCGUGACCAAACAUAGUUACUUAGUAAGAUUUACAUUUCAACUAAUUAAAAAAGUCACCUUAAAUUAAUAUUCUAAUGUCGGCUAUUCACUGUCUUAAUUUUAACUCUUUGCUCAACACCGACGAGGUUGAAAUAAUUGCCAAACCGUCAUCUUGUUUCUCUCCACACGAAUGCCACCAAUCCUAUGGCAUUCACACUUCCACUCUUUUGAGUUUUGACCCGUCACUGGUACUAUCCUUAAUAAAUAUUUAAUGCUUAGCUAUGUCAACUUGUUAGCAAUCAGUACCAAGAUUCUGUCUAUAUAUAUGCAUAUACUUGUGCUACUGUUUUAUUCAUAUUGAAGGGUUUUUGCAUGAAGGGUUUUUGAAAAGUUGACAACUAUAUUGAAGGACAAGAUAUAAUUAACGUUUGUGAAUGUUAAUGAUGUUUCCUGGUCUUAAUAGAGAGGGAGAGAUGUCAGCUAUGAUUUCUGCUUUAACUCAUGUCAUAUGUGGUGAUGAUCACAAUCACAACAAUGAUGGUGGCGGUGGUGAGAAUCAGGAUAUCAAGCCUUUUGUUUCUGCAAUACAAUCUUCAACUUCUUUGUCUUAUGGUGAGAGUUCUUCCCUCAAAAGAAGAAGGGAGGAUGGUGGAUUUUGUGACAAUAAGCAUCAAGUUGUGGAAUGUUCAAGCGAAUGGACGAAUACGAUAAUAACUACGGAAAGGAACCAAAGUGAAGAAACCAUAUAUGAAUACAGAACAGACAAUAACAACAUGCCAAACGAAAAUGAGCCAAAGAGAAAAUACAGAGGAGUGAGACAGAGGCCAUGGGGAAAAUGGGCUGCAGAGAUAAGAGAUCCUUUCAAAGCUACAAGAGUAUGGUUGGGAACAUUUGAAACAGCUGAAGAUGCAGCCAAAGCCUAUGAUCAAGCUUCAUUGCGGUUUAGAGGAAACAAAGCUAAACUUAAUUUCCCCGAAAAUGUUAGACUCAAGCAACAGCCUUUUGUUGAUCCACCAAUGACUCAUUUGAGUGGUUCACAUUCUAGUACUGAUUCAAUGGUUCAGAAUGAAGCUAUUUAUACUUUGCAAGGUUCCAAUAAGUUUUAUGAUUAUUUUCAUGGUCAGAAUAUACCCAUGGCUUAUUCUCUUCAGAAUUCAAUGUGGCUGCCAUCAGGUUCAAGUUCUUCUUCUUUUAGUUCUCCACAGACAACUUCUUCAAUUCCUUCUGUUUAUUCUACUCAGUUGCCACCAUGGCCUUCUGGAUAUAGCUCCUCACCUUCUGGCUGAUAUUCAUCCAUUUUAUUUUAGAAUAGUAUAUUACAAGUGUAUGUAUUCUUUUUCUUUGGUAAUUUCCUUUUAUUUAACUCUCUCCCUCCCUAUUUUUUGUCCCCUAAUAUUAUAAAUUUUUGGGAAAGUUCGAAUAGCUUAGAAAAGAGAGGAAGAGCCAAAGGAAUAGUAGAAAUAUUAUAAACUAUGUAGGAUCGAAAAAAUAAUUCUACCAAAAAAAAAAUGAAAUAGCAAUAGAUUAUAUAGACUAUAUAAACUAAUAUGAAAAGAAAGUCAGAAAAUUAAU